CCACGGAUCGAUUAAUGUUUGAAUAUUUCGAUAGUAGUUCAUAAAUUAUCGUAGUUUACUCAUCAUUAUCUGAGCUUCGUUUAAGUCUUUGUUUAUGUCUUGUAUUAUAAAUAUUAGAAUGCAAGAAAAUAAUGUGAAAUAUAAACAACCGUAACAUUAAAGAUGGGGGAAAAUAUUAUUUAUCCUCAUGCUGCCACGUUAUUCGCUGCUAUUUGCGCAAGUAUAUUUGCAAUUACUGGAAUAUUUGGUAACUUGAUUACCAUCAUUGCAUUAUUGAAAUGUCCCAAAAUAAGAGUGCAUGCCACCACAGCAUUUAUUUUGUCUCUCAGCGUUUCUGACCUUUUAUUUUGCUCAUUCAGCUUGCCAUUGACUGCUGUGAGGUUUUACGAAGAAAAAUGGACUUUUGGAGAUUCGCUUUGUAAAAUAUUUCCAGUGAUAUUUUAUGGCAAUGUUGCCGUAUCACUUUUAAGCAUGGUGGGGAUCACAUUAAAUAGAUACAUACUGAUCGCCUUCCAUUCUAUAUACGUACAAAUAUAUAAACGAAAAUAUAUACUCCUCCAACUUCUUUUUAUCUGGUCAACUUCAUUUUUAUUGCUCCUACCACCUAUUUUAGGAAUUUGGGGAGAAAUGGGGCUCGAUGAAGUUACAUUUUCUUGUACUAUUUUAAAGAAAAAUGAAAAAUCUAUAAAAAAAACUCUGUUUCUGAUUGGAUUUCUGCUGCCAUGUAUUGUAAUAAUUGUCUCAUAUUCAUGCAUUUACCUAACAGUUUUGCGGCAAAAAAGAAAAAUGGAAACCCAUCGAAACUAUAAAGUUGCAUCGAAUGAAUCAGUAUUUACCUCUAGAAAACAGAAAGAGGAUAACAGGUUAACAGUAAUGAUGGUUUCUAUUUUCGGCUGCUUUCUUGGUUGUUUUUUACCAUUAAUGCUGGCUAAUGUUGUGGAUGACGAAAGAAAAACUAAUUACCCUUGGUUUCACAUAAUGGCAUCAGUAAUGGCAUGGGCGUCGAGCGUGAUUAAUCCAGUUAUAUACGCAGCAAGUAACAGAAAUUACAGGAUUGCAUAUUACAACACACUAAAGCAUUUAAAAUUUUGGGGUAAGCCGUUGUCAUCAAUCCACAGCAGAAGUGUACAUCCCAGUAAAAAUGAAGAUUUUACCGGACCAAUUAGGAGCAUACCUUUGUUUCAAGUCACCAGCGAGAAAAAUGUGAAUAAUUUGUGCCAAACAUACUCAGUAUAAGAAAUAAUAACCGAUUAUUAGUAUUAUUUACUUAUAUUUAUAAAAUACAUAAAAUUUUUUUGUUUUAUUUUAUCUUAUAUAGCGUAUUGUCUUGCCAAUAGAGAUAUUAAAACAUUUAA